AUGCCACUAAACUUCCAGUUUAAUUUUGGCCCAUAGUGAUUUUACAUGUUACCUUUUCUCAAUGUUAAAUUUCUGCUCUACAGCUCUGUACAGCUCACACACUUUGAGCCAGACUGGUCAGAUAGGAGUGAGAGGAGGAUGUAAAGGAGCAGGUGAGGGAAGAGAAACAAUGACAACUACAAAAAUGAAUGUUACACUCAAACAAGAAGGUGAGAGGGGGGUAUUUGAGGAGAGAAGUCUUUGUUAUUUGGAUAUGGUUUUUAUUUAGGCUGUGAAUGAGGUUUCCUGUGUAUAAGUGUAGAGUUUAAAAAGCCAGAGGAGUUUCCGGGUCGUCUUUUGACACCAUACAUGUAUGAGGUAAAGCCGCUAUCUUGUAGAGGGUGAAUAUUACCAAUUACAUCAACACUGUCUUCUAUUUUCCCCCUCCUCCUGUCUUUUUCCUGCUAUCUCUCCCUCCUUUUAUAAUAGUUAUACUGUUUCUUGUGAACCCUAUUUUCCUGGCCCGAUCUAACCAAAUUUAUACACAGUGAAAAAGAUACUUGUCUCAUUUCAGUUUUUUUCUUUUUAUACAUUCUGUAUCUAACUGUCCACUGCUGUUUUUUUAAAACUGUAAUAAGCUGAGUUGAUUUAAUACAAUGCGUUUAUGUAUGAGGACCAGAGAAACUUCUGGUGAAAUAAACUCAAUGCGUUUGAAUUGACUUUCUACACACUGUAUCUGUAUUCUGCCAGCAGAUUGUGCUAACAGGCACUGCUCACUUCCAAGUAGUGUAGCUCCGAUAUGGUAUCUGAGUAUUAUGAGCAAUGGGUCAGUCAGUAGUCAGUCUGUUUUUAGCCUCUGUAGAGGAUGGCUAGGCUGGUGUAUGUUUGUUUUGUGUUUUUUUUUUUCCCCCCUGAUAUAUAAAAAUAAGAAACAGGACAAAAAUAUCGUAAAUAUGUUGAUUGCUGAUAUUCAAGUGUUUCUAUAAGUUGACUGGACAUUAUGAAAUGCAGAGAAAUCGAGAUUGAUGAGUUUAAUGUGCUUCACAAGACCAGUAGAUUAAACUGAAUAAAGUCCUCUGCAAAGACUGGGAAAAGAGUUGUUUAUCGGGUGGUUAAUUUGAAUAGAAUAUAAUAAAACUGCAUUUAGCUGCUUGGCAAAAGUACAUGGAUAUAAUUUCAUUAUCUUUAUUAUGUAGAAAACAAAUUGUAUUACUGGUUAGAAAAAAUGGUCUCUGAGUCUCAGUCCUAAGUAACUACAGACUACCUGAUGCAUGUUGUGCAAAAAAUGUCUGAAAAUGAAUUCCAAACUGACUAAUACUUUUUACGGUGCCAGGAAAAAUUUGUUCACAAGCGGAGCUCAACAGUAAGGAUUUUUUUGAAUUUUCUGGUCCUGUCUGACCAGUAAUUCAGAUUUUUGUGUACCCUGCGACAAAAGAAUGAUCGGUUUUAAUUUUUAGCACUGUAUUUGCUAGAAGUAAACUUGUACAACUUAUUUUAUUUUCCAAAAUUUGCACCUGGAAAUGAAUCGGCUACAAUGUAAGCCAAAAUAUUAUACGCUUUUGCUGGAAAACAAAGGCAUAUGGUGCAAAACAUACUGAAGUUUUCUGUUUUUGCCAAUUUGACACCGCCUCAUCUAUGUUAGCCAGCUAGAUAACAUUAUCAUGGUGACAAAUUAGCAGUUCACAGCAAUGUAGGAUGUGACAUUCAUGGUGUCAAGUCUUUGAAAGAUGCUAAUGCGUUUAGCUAGUAAAUGAGAUCCUGAAGAAUGCUUUUAUAUUUUUCUUUGUUAAAGUUCAAUGAAAUAGUUCUUGAGACAGAAAUUCUGAUCAUAAAGACAACAAAUGUUUUCUGUUGAUUUAUGGAACGGCUGUGAAUGAACUACUAAUGGAUGGAUGGAUAGGCAAGUGUUUUGUUGGUUAAUUAGUGACCGUCUUUUUGGCUUUUAUUAUUUUUCACCCGCUGAUAAUGCCCCAGCUCUCUAACCUUCUUUUUUUAUCUUUUUUCUUUCUCACACACCCCUCUUUUGAUUUAAUGCCAUCUAUAACUUUCUAAGCUGCUCUAUCAGCUGCUUUCUCUCGCAUUAUAAACAGUCCUCUCGCUUUUCUGUCUUUGCAACUGUAACUCUCACGCUCUUAAUGUCAUUAACAGGUGCUUGUCCAAAAUAGAACCCUUGCCCAUAUACACACACACGCACAAACAUCCGUGGAUCAGCUGACAUACACUCGACUUUCUUUCCCACAGACCUGCAAAACUCUCACUGACAUACACUGAAAAAUGUAAAAUCUGUCCAUGCGCAGAUAAAUACUCUUGCAUGAACCAACUACUUGAUAAUUGAGCUGUCAAACAUACUGUCAUACAUAAUCUACAACUUGAUUUCAUGAGCCCCAGUCCCAGUUUUCUCCACCCUUCUUUUUUUCUCUCUCUCUUUCUCUCUAGCUCUCUUUACGUCCCUCCUUCUCCUCCUCUCUCAGCUGAGUUUCAUGUAUGUAGUCAUCAGAUCUGCACCCACACAGAACAGGUUCAUCAAAAAAAGGAAUGCAUCAUCUAUUCACAGCUCUAUAAGGCCUCGAUCCAGUGUCUCUCAUCAAGUUAUUCUCUUCAUCUACCCAUUAUUCCUGUCUAGUUUAUCAAACCGUCUUGUGUUUGUAGACGACAGUUAAUUCCCACUCUACGCUCUUCAGAAAUGACCCCCUGUCACUUGAAUUUCUUGCACGCUGGAUUCUUUUUAAAUCACAGAACAUUGUAAUCAUUUCCUGUUCCUUUUUGAGCUUUCUAUUAAUAUACUUCUCUGCGUGCUCAUUAUCUAUCCGUCCGCCUAACUCCAGACUCUCUAGUCUCCUGUUUUUUGCUUUAGUUAUUUGUUUGUCCCCUUUCUUGACUUUGCCUCUGGGAAUUUCCUCCUCUCAUCUCCAACUCUUGUGGCUGCCAUGUGGUCCAACUUUUUUUUGCAACAGGAAGACGACGGGAGAGUAGGUACGGCGGCUUUGGGUGGAGUUGGCGGUAAGAGCGGGCGUUCAGGUAAACGGCUGAAGCCCCCUCGAAUGAGUGACAGCCAGGAGGGCAAGAUCAAGCUGGCAUUUUUUGUCGCCCUCAUAGGCGUGACUCUGACGGUACUUGGCAUGGGUACAGAGUUCUGGGUGGAGUUAUCUCAGCCAAAACACUCCAGGAACAACCAGACAUGUGAGAUGGCACAUUACGGCCUUUGGAAAUUAUGCGUUCGCACGCUAUGGGUGUCAGAUAUUGACCCGGAGAGAGAGAGCUGUGGACCUGCAGAACUACCUGGAGAAUCAAACUGCACAUACUUUAAAUUCUACACUUCUGGAGAGAAUGCUGUCAUAUUUAAGAAAACAACAGAAAAACGUUUGCAUAUAGCUGGUGCAAUGUUGGCUUUGUUCAGUUUGUUUCUGAUGAUCAUGGGCUCUGUGUGUAUCACUAUGUCUCUCAGUAAGAGUGUGCCCUUCUUCCUCAAGCCUGCUACUAUCUGCUUCAUCUUCUCAGGUGUCCUGGUCUUCUUGUCCAUCAUAGUUUUCCACCAGUCUGUGCUGGCGUUAUUGGCAAGCGAUCACAGUAUCCCUCUCCAUCACCAGUUGUCCUGGUCAGUGGCAUGCCUUGGCUCGGCUGGGGCCAUUCUCAUUUUUGGAGGGCUUAUAUUCCUGUUGCUUUCCCUCCCCUACAACCCCCUGGAGAAAUGUUUUCCUCAGCAGAGCAGUAGUGAUGCCUAGCUGUCAGGGGGACUGCCCGUGAGUUAAGUAGCACAAGAUCUUUUAUACUCUUAUGCUGUUUGUGGAGAUUAACUGAUGUUAUAAAGGACUAUCAAACGCUAAUGUUCAUAAUGUUUUGCAAUAACUAGCAUUAGUUUGCUUAUCAAUAAGAUUAUAGACUUUAAUGCUCAUACACCGACUCUGAAAUUUGAACUGAUAUUUCUAUGAUGGUUAUGUACAUAAAAUCAGUGACCAACAGAUCUGUUUACUGUCUUUAAAGGCUUCAUUUACACAACAUGUUGUGCUAUUAUGCAUUGUCCCUGUGCAUUGGUAUAAGAAACCUUAUUUGAUUACUAGGCAUAUAAUACUGACUUAUCAGGUAUCUGUGGUUUGAAAGUGUACUUUUUUUUUCUUUUCUUUUUUUUUGAAAAAUAGGCCAUCCUAUCAUUGCUAAAGGCCCGUUCACACCAAGUGUCAUUAGUGUCAGAUAACGUUCUGCUUAUUAUAAGAGCACGCUGCAGUUUUGUCGUACGCCACCUUAAAUGCUUGAGCUCUUUAAAGUUGAGUGGAUUCUGAUUGGCUGUCAGUGUUUUUAUCAUUCAUCAGCUAGAAAAAAAUCAUCAUGAAAAUGAUUCCAGCAAUAUUGUUCCUCUGUGGCAUUAUUGUUAUAGCUGUGGUGUGGGCUUCUCUAUUCUC